AUGGAAAUAAUGAGGUGUGCCCGAGUUAUCUUGCAGAGAAGAGCCCUCCCCCACUCAUCUUCGGCUUCAAUCGGUGGGGCUUCCCCGGUCAAUCCUCCACUCCAACUUGCUCGACGAGGGUCUUCUGGUGUCCGACCUGCUCCCUUGGCUUGUCCUACUCUCCCGCGUACUGUGCGUCCACCUCGGCCCGCUACACCUGUUACUCCCCGGGCUGUGAAUGUUGUUCAUCCUCGACCUUCCACACCUGCUAAUCCCCGGGCUGCAACUACUGCUCAUCCUAGGCCUACUACAUCCACCCGACCUGUCACCCCACUUGAAUCUGUUAAUCCUUCUCGACCGACUUACAUCCCUGGUCACGGCCUCGGUCAAUGGUUCGCCAAUAUUCCCCCUGCAAGUCUUGCCUGCAGAAAAGCCUAUCAAGCUGUUUGUCGGGCUCGUACUGGCAAUGAUCGUGCGGCUCGUGACAUCCCUUCUUCCUCUAGGCGCACGGCUCGGUUGUCGUCCGACGAUUCUGACUCGAAUAACCAGCCAUUGUCUCAGAGACCUCGACGCCGAGCUCCUCCUUCGAUGCCAAACUUGGGUCCUUCUGUUAUCCCCUCUCCUUCAUCCCCAGUUCCACCUCCUACCUCGCAACAACAUCAGAGCACCGAGACCAGCGCCAAGAAGAAGGCACAUUCCGUUUUCAGCCCCGUCUUCGAACUACUUUUUUCUCAUCCCCACCGCCUUCCAACCCGAGCUGGAGGAAUAAAUUUUUCUUCAUUAGCUUUCCUCACGAGGUGGAGUGGCCCUUGCGAUGGCAACAGUCACUUCCUCCAUCUCCCGAAUUAG